AUGGCGGGCAUCUCAAACACAGUCAAAUCUAUAGCUAAAACUAAACAGUUUUCCUACGAUAUCUUUUUCGAUGGCGCUUUAUUAUCUAGCACCAGGGGAUCUCUAAUUGUAGAACUCAUCAAAUACUUUUUAUACGAACGUCAACAGAUUCCACUGCCUGUUGAUGAAUUGAAAAAUAAAGUGGCACACGAGGAAAACUCCGACAAUUUAGAAGCAGAAACUGAUAAUAAUAAUCAUCUAUCCGGACGAAAAUUACACGAGGCUGGUCAGCUAGCGUUAAAAUUUAAGUCAGCGAAUACCAAACCACCAUGGUCAAAGUCACACUUACAGGACAAGAAGGCCAAACAUCUAGUGACUGAGCUGACACAGUUGUUUGACAGCUUACAGAAAGCUUUUGAAUUGUGUCCAGAGAUUGAACAGGUUGCUAUUAUUCUCGGGGGAACAGUGAUGAACCCAAAGGAAUCCUACGUGAUCAGCUUCCCGCCACCUUGCCCUGACGCCGACAGUCUCCCCCUCAUGUCCUGCAAACGUACACUUUUUCAGCAGAUAAUUGGCGAGGACAUCCUUGGGACAAUGAGUACAAACCUGUCACCCACAAGUAUGAUGAUAUCCGUUCUGGCCCCUCGCUCCUGUCCUGUAAAAGGCUUUGUACCCAAACAUUUUAUGCGCACUCCAAAGACUGGAGCCGUGAUAUCUUUUAACUUCCAUUGCAACUAUCUCUUGCCAGUUUGUCAUGAUUUAACAUUUUUUGAAGACUUGGAAAUUUCCGGAAUAGAAAUUUUGGGCAGUGUACAAAAAAAGCCUGAUAGUGGGAAAAACAGAAGUAGACUGUCUGUAGACUCAAAAAUUGGAGAACACUCUUUUAAAGAAAAUCAUAUGGAUUCAGGAUUAAACAGUGCUGAAGUCUCCUCAGGUGGUGAAAAUUUCUUACAUCCAGGGUUUGGAAGUGAGAUAAAUCAUAAGCAGACACCUCAGAUAAAGCAGCUUACCAAGAGACUUGCUAGUCCGGUUGUUAGAAGUGCUGAUGUCCCACUAAGUACUGACUCCUCUCAGACAGGCUCCGACUGUAUUUGGUACCAAAGUCCGAUCGUCAUCAAAGGCUACAGGAUCAAAGAUGUCUUUCAUAACGCUUUCACAAGCUGUUGA